CGGCGAAAGUUAAUAUAGUGUACAUCAAAGUCUAUGGACUUUGGUGUACAUAUAAGUCUUACUAGAGACAGAAGAUUAUUUUUCAUUUUUGAGAAUACACUCGCGACUUUAGAUCGCUGGUUUAAUUGGUGGGAUACAAAUGCAGACUUGCAAAUUAUUCCAUACAAUGGAGUUUCUUAUGACUUUUGUAGGCAAUAAUGAGUGUGUACACAAUACAACCACAUGUCAUCAAAAUGCAACUUGUUAUAACACAACUGGGAAUAUAACUUGUGUGUGUAAUGAUGGGUUUACUGGAGAUGGGAAUACAACCUGUGUGGAGAUUGAUAAAUGUAUGAUCAAUAAUACAUCAUGCAAUUCCAAUGUAACUUGUAUAAAUACAAAUGGAACUUGUCAGUGUAAUGAUGGAUUUUCAGGCAAUGGUUUCAAUUGCACUAGGAAUAUAACUUGUGUGUGUAAUGAUGGGUUUACUGGAGAUGGAAAUACAACCUGUGUGGAGAUUGAUAAAUGUAUGAUCAAUAAUACUUCAUGCCAUUCCAAUGCAACUUGUAUAACAAAUGGAACUUGUCGGUGUAGUGAUGGAUUUUCAGGCAAUGGUUAUAACUGCACUGAUAUUAAUUCAUGCCUAUAUAAUGCAUCUUUGUGUCAUACGAAUGCUGCAUGUACCAACACAAGUGGUAAUUUCAAAUGUACAUGCGAUUUUGGUUUUUCUGGUGAUGGAUAUAAAAUUUGUAAAGAUAAAAAUGAAUGUGGGAAGAAGUCUUGUCCAAGAGGAAAGUAUUGCAGGAAAGAAACAGAUAAAUAUAAAUGCCAUAAUAUCAACUUUAUAGUUGAUGGAUCUUCUUUAAGUUCUCCUCAGGUGGUUGAAAAUACCUUGAACAAUAUAAAGGAAAUGACAAAGAAACCUGCACAUUUGACCAAAGAAAAUGUAAAGUCUCUUGGAGAUUUCAUGAAAAAUUUAAGAAAGAACGUUGCAAAAAAUGGCAUAAGGGUAUCCAGAAAGACACUUGAUUCAGUCAUACAGAUAACAACUGAUGUGUCGGUUGCAUUAAUCAACCAGUCCAACAAUAAUUCUGAAAGACAAGAUGUUCAAACACAGAUAGCAACUGCAGUAGUUGCGCUGGCACUUAGUGUGGAGGUUGGAGAAAAUGAGACUGAGAUACAAUUCAGCACCGAUUCUUUACUACUACAGGUGAACCAAUAUUUAUCACCACCUACAAAAUCUGUGGAAUUUUCACCAUCAAAAAAAUCAGCAAUCAACAUUAUUCUACCACCAUCAGUAUUUACCAAAGCUUGGGGGAAUAGUGGUGAUAGAUCAAAACGAGAUACUGUUUCAACUAACAGGAAAUCAGCUUUCAUAUUUUAUAAAGAUGAUUUGUUGUUCUUUUCGGAAAAGCAGGAGAAUAUAUUAUCAAUUGCAUCUGCUGAUUUGACCGGAAACGAGGUUUAUGGAUUGACUGAAUCAGUUCGAAUCCAACAUUAUAAUCGGAACUCAACUUAUGGAAAGUCACUUCCAGAUCCUGAAACGCUAACAGUUUUGAAAACUCAGAUGAAAUGUGUUUAUUGGGAUUUUAACAACAGUGAGUGGUUGACUGAAGGUUGCUGUUUAGAUAUAAGUGCAGACCCACCUGAGUGCUUAUGCAACCAUCUAACCAACUUUGCUCUGAUAGUGAACACUGACGUAGUUACUGCUGACGUUGCGUUGGACAUUAUUAGUAAAGUGGGAUUGGCGCUUUCAAUAUUUGGCCUCUCUAUCACAAUACUAGUGCAUUUACUUAGUCGUGACGUUAGUAAAAGACGCCCAGCAAAAGUGUUGAUGCAAAUCUGUUGCAAUCUUCUGGUGGCUGACCUCAUUUUUGCUGCGGGGGUGUCACGUACAGAAAAUAGAGAGGCCUGUUUCGUAAUUGCUACUCUAUUGCAUUACUUCCUGCUCUCUACCUGGUGUUGGAUGACAGUGUACAGCUACGAUAUGUACUUAUCGCUUGUGAAGGUAUUUGUUGGGAAAGCCACACGUGUUUUGCAAAAAUUCACACUGUUUGCAUAUCUGACACCAGCAGUAAUAGUUGGAACAAAUUUAGCAAUUGCUGUGGGAUAUUAUGACAAACAAAACCAAAAGAGUUUCACUUGCUCUGCUGAUCCCCUUGCUGCAUCAACCUACAAAGCAGACAACAUGUGUUGGUUAACUGGAUAUUCUUUAUAUUUGGGGUUUCUACUCCCUGUUGGUUUGAUGCUCAUGUACAAUUUUACUGUGUUCGUUAUGGUGUUUCGUGAACUAAACCAAAGCAAUGGAAAAGCACAGACCAACCAGAUAAAAAGAGAUUACAAGCAAACUUUAACAAUAGCUGUUACCAUGUCAAUGGUGAUGGGUUUAACAUGGUCAGUAGGUUACCUACUCUUGUUAUCAGACAACAAAACCUAUCUUCUUGCCAUGAGUUGGAUAUUUGCUAUCUUAAAUAGUGUGCAGGGUUUUGUUAUAUUCCUACUCACUGCUGUGAGGCGACCCGAUCUUAGAAAAGUUUGGAUGUCACCAAUACAAAGUGCCUUGAGCAAAUCAACAUCUGUUGUUGGAAGGCUUGGCAGUUCUGAGAAAUCAUACACAGUAUCUAUUGUGUCAUCAUCAAAAGUGUGAUCAUCAAUAAUCAAAAACAAUUUUUAUUUCGGACAAUGUCACUGUAUAUCAGUCGGACAAUGUCACUGUAUAUCAGUGUAUUCUUGUUGCUAAUGUUUUUUACUACGGAAGGGAUUUUGGUUUAAUUGUUAUAUACAUAAACUGGCAAACUGUACAUAACCUUUUAUAUAUCAUCUACUAUUUGUUAUUUCUGUUUAAUUUUGCUACUCUACCAAUGUUUUGUAUGUCCUGUUUUUGUAUCAUUCAAAGAAAUUCUCAAUAGAUCUAAAACACUUUCCUGGUUAGUCACAAACUAAACUUGGAGGCACUGAAGUAAAUAUUUAAUAGAUUUAUUUUAUUUGUGCUUGUUUACUUUUUGCAACAAUAAUGUUAAAAAAUUAUUCAGUGAUUAAUGUAAUUUAUAAAAUCAACUUCUUGAAUUAUAAGUUCACUCUA